AUGGAUGAGCAAUAUAAUGACCAAGAAAGUGAUGUCAAAACAUUCACAAAUGAAGAAGACAUACAAAUGAACCCAAAUCAAAUAAAUGUAGUUGAUCCCAGAAAUCUGGAAGAAGCGAUUACUGGUGCAAAAAGGAUUGAAGCCAGAGAAUACUAUGAAAUGACAAUAGAAAAGGAAACAAAAAUCACUUCUCUAGAAGAAACUAUUGCGGAAUUAAUCAAACAGAUGCAAAAUCUGACAUGCAAAAAGAAAGGUCAUUACGCUCGAGAUUGUGUGGCAGGAAAAACAAACUCACGGAAUGACCUAUCUACACAAAUGACAGAACAAGAAACCAAAGCACGUUUUGUGAAAAUGUUGGAACAAGAGGAUGAGAUAUAUUAUACAACUAGAAGAUAUCGACCAUAUAACUGUACCAAAGAUAACUCCGGGACCAAGCCAGAGUGA